GUGUGGAUGCCUGGCAGGGUGACGCAGGCUGUUCCAGCCCGCACAGCUGUGACAGUGGCCGGGUGGAGGCAGGGCCUGGGCAGCAAUGCCCUCCCAGAUCCUCUGUCUGUGCUCUUGGUGGGCAGAGGCCAUGUACCCCCGGGGCCACUGCUUGGCCUGACCCCUGGUGGGGCACCAGCCCAGGAACGGCAGUGAUGCCUGGGUCAUCAGGUACCUCGAUGUCUGGGGGCCUCCUUGCCCUCCUCAUGGUCCAACUGUCGUCCAGCUAUGCAGGGCAGUUCAGAGUGAUGGGACCAGGACGGCCUCUCCGGGCCCUGAUUGGGGACGCAGUGGAGCUGCCCUGUCGCCUGUCUCCAGGGAGAAACGCCUCGGGCAUGGAGGUGGGGUGGUACCGGCCCCCCUUCUCCAGGGUGGUCCACCUGUACCGCCAGGGCAGGGACCAGGACGCGGAGCAGGCCGCCGAGUACCGCGGCCGGACCGAGCUGCUGAAGGAGGCCAUUGGGGAGGGCAGGGUGACCCUCCGGAUCCGCAACGUCAGGUUCUCGGACGAGGGCGGCUACACCUGCUUCUUCCGAGACCACUCCUACCAAGAGGAGGCCGCCAUGGAGCUGAGAGUGGAAGAUCCCUUCUACUGGGUUGGCCCAGGAGUGCUGGUCCUCAUCGCCGUGCUGCCCGUGCUCCUGCUGCAGAUUUGCAUGGGCUUCGUCUUCCUCUGCCUGCAGCACAGACUGAGAGGAAAACUUCGAGCAGAAAUAGAGAACCUGCACCGGACCUUUGAUCCCCACUUUCUGAGGGUGCCCUGCUGGAAGAUAAGCCUGUUUGCAAUCGUGCCGGUUCUUGGGCCUCUGGUCGCCUUGAUCAUCUGCUACAACUGGCUACACCGAAGACUAGCAGGGCAGUUUCUUGAGGAGCUAAGGAACCCCUUCUGAGGGAAGCUGUGUCUUGCAGCACUUGUGGUCCCAGGGUACCUGUGUAUCCAGCUGCACUCUGUCCUCUCCGCAGCGGGGACACUUGGGGUCCUGCACUUGCACAGACACCAGGAAUUCCAGUGGAACCGACGUCCUUCCUGUCAUCUCCUUCCUUCCCCCCCCCCCCCACAUCUCCCACAUCUUCGUACCCUGCACCACCUCCCUCUGCCCGAGGCCAGGCAGGUCCCCAUCUCUCCUCAGAGGUUGCUGGUCCUGGAGGAAGACACUGACUGCAGGGUCUCGGUCACAAACUGGGACUCACCAACACCCUCCUUGCAUGUCAGCACAGAGACUGCACUGGCAGCUGUUUCUCAGACACCAGCCCUGACUGGGCAGAAGCAGAAGACAGGGUCACCCAGACAUCACUGCAAGCCGAGCACACUGCAAGGCGCAGAUGCGGUGCAUCCUGACCUACCCUGAGCCCCAGCAGGGAGGGCCCUGGGAACCAGGCCCAGUGCAGCUGCAUCUGCUCAAACACGCAUGCUGCCUCUCCCGCCCUGCCUGCCUGCCUGCCUCUCCUCCCAUCUUUAUAUUCAUCAGAGCACCCAGUUUUAUUCAACAAUUACUACUUGAUGGUCUAUCAGACACAGAAACAGCUAGGUGCUAAUGAAUAAUAACACCAGUUUCCCUGUGCA